CCUGUGUGGCAACAGCAUUUCCCAUAAUGCAUUUGAGCAACUGUCUGUCGCUAACUGAGCUUCGAUCAAGGCUGGGUGAAGAACUGACGGUCACCCUCGGGGAAUAUAUAAAUUUCUCUUCGUGAAAGGUUGUGAAAGACCAGUGACACACAUCCCACAUGUUCAGGAUCGUCAAGGAUUUAAUGGAUGCAACAUUAGGAAACCAUUAGGAGGACCUUAUGGAAUCUAUAUUACCACAUCUUGGCUUAAACCCUUUUCGGCCCGGUCAGGACCAGAAACUAGUUACCUCUUCACCAGCUUAGCCCAAAUCCCCCAGGCCAAUGCUAAGUCCCUGACACGGUGAGGAGAUUGGAUUAAGAUAAUAUUAGAAUUCGCUCAGAGAAGGAGCGGAGGAACGCACCUGCAUGCCCCAGGGCCCAGAUUCAGGCCACUGUGUGCUCAUCUUCUGUGACUCCUUUACAGCCACAUACACACACUUUUUGCCACAGCCUGCCAUUUGUGCAGUAGAAGCUCACUUUCCAGCUUACAUCAAGCCCUGGGGUGGUGAGUGGCCAUUUGAAUGCGACAUCUCUGCGGCUUCAAGAGUGCAAUAGGACCCCCUGCCUUGACCAAGCUUCUGCUUCUGAUUACCUGCCCCCUGUUUAGUGUGUUGGUGUGUCGUGACUGAAGCCUGAAGAGUGAAGUGGUGUUGAUGGCCACAUGGCGGGAACAUCUCGUGAACAUAAAUGAGUAAAUUAGCUGACAAGUAAAUGGAAAAGGUCACAGCAGGCGAAGUUGUUGCUUCCAUGCCCAGUGCGGUCCAUCCGCUCUGAGAGAUGCCAUUGCUGCUGUGGACGGUCUGGAGAGGGGAGGCUGUGCCUGCCUGAAGCUUCUGUGGAAAGGACUGCAUUGGCCUUGACAAAUUAGCACACACAGACUCCGUAUGCCUCACUAGCAUACACACUAUGCCACUUGAACAGUAAGCUCCCUGUCUGGGGUCCCGCUGUUUGUAAGCUGUUGUGUGUGUGCGUGUGUGUGUGUGUGUGAAUGUGAGUGUGUGUGUGUGUUUUUUUUUUUUCUCUCUCUCUUGUUUGCCUGCCCUGGAAGUUUUGGAUGGUUGAGCACAAGGGGCACUCUGAAGGAGCCCGGUGGUGGUGGCUGAGAUUUGGCUGCAGUUGACAGAGCGGCGUGCCAGCCAGCCCUUCCGCACCGUAUCCCCACGCACACCUCCCACACCCCUGCAUCUGACGCAGGGAGGUUUUCGGGGAGAGCAAGGGGUUAGUCAUGAGGAUCCACUGACACACACACCUACACACACGUGUGCACACACACACAUACACACACACAGACCGCUUUAUUUCCUCGGACCGUCUGCGUUUUCAAGACUCCCUGUCCAACCCUCCCCCUCCCAGUGUGAGACGGAGGGAGCUGCAGGCAGAGGCCAUAGAACCCCGCCAUAGAACCCCGCCAUAACCUCCUCUCCGCUGACACUAACCUCAGAAGCCCAGCAUGAAGCUGAAGAAGCAGGUGACUGUAUGUGGGGGUGCCAUCUUCUGUGUGGCGGUCUUCUCCCUCUACCUGAUGCUGGACAAGGUCCAGCACGACCCUGCCAGAAGGCAGAACACUGGGGGCAACUUCCCCAGGAGCCAGAUCUCGGUGCUGCAGAACCGCAUUGAGCAGCUGGAGCAGCUGCUGGAAGAGAAUCAUCAGAUCAUCAGCCACAUCAAGGACUCUGUGCUGGAGCUCACCGACACAGGCGCCAUCUCGCCCAGCGGCCACCUGCCUUUCCGCAGCACCAACGGCUCCUGGGUCAUGCCCUUUGACGGGAGGCCCACCUUCCUCUCGCUGCGUCCGCGCGACUGCCAGUUUGCUCAGACCCGCCGCGGCCCCACCGAGCUGCAGACGCUCGAUGUUUACUCUCUGCUGAAUUUCGACAAUGUGGACGGUGGCGUGUGGAAGCAGGGCUUUGACAUCACCUACGACCCUGGCGAGUGGGAUGAAGAGCCCCUGCAGGUGUUUGUGGUGCCACAUUCACACAACGACCCAGGCUGGAUCAAGACGUUUGACAAAUACUACAGCGACCAGACGCAGCACAUCUUCAACAACAUGCUGGUGAAGCUGGCAGAAGACCCACGCAGGAAGUUCAUCUGGUCUGAGAUCUCCUUUUUCGCCAAGUGGUGGGAGAGCGUCGACAUUCACAAGCAGGCAGCCAUGCGCAAGUUGAUUCAGGACGGACAGUUAGAAAUGGUCUCGGGCGGCUGGGUGAUGCCUGACGAAGCCAACACCCACUACUUUGCCAUGAUCGACCAGCUCAUCGAGGGGCAUCAGUGGCUGGAGAGGAACUUGGGCAUCACGCCGCGCUCUGGCUGGGCCGUGGAUCCGUUUGGCCACAGCGCCACCAUGCCGUACGUGCUGAAGCGGGCCAACCUGACCAGCAUGCUCAUCCAGAGGGUCCACUACUCCAUCAAGAAGCACUUCGCCGGCAGCCGCAGUCUGGAGUUCAUGUGGAGACAGGCCUGGGACCCGGGCUCCAGCACGGACAUCUUCUGCCACAUGAUGCCGUUCUACAGCUACGACGUUCCGCACACCUGCGGACCCGACCCCAAGAUCUGCUGCCAGUUCGACUUCAAGCGCCUGCCAGGCAGCCGGGUCAACUGUCCUUGGAAGGUUCCGCCCAAACCAAUCGUGGACACUAACGUGGCUGAGAGGGCUAACCUUCUCCUGGACCAGUACCGCAAGAAGUCCAAGCUGUUCCGCAGUAAGGUUCUGCUGGUCCCACUCGGUGAUGACUUCCGCUACGAUAAGGCUUUGGAGUGGGACCAACAGUACCACAACUACCAGCGUCUGUUUGACUACAUGAACUCCCACCCAGAAAUGCAUGUGCAGGCCCAGUUCGGGACCCUGUCGGACUACUUCAGCGCCGUGUACAAGGCCAACGACGUGGCCCCCGGCACACGGCCGCCCGACUUCCCCGUGCUGAGCGGCGACUUUUUCGCCUACGCCGACCGCGAGGACCACUACUGGAGCGGCUACUACACCUCCCGGCCCUUCUACAAAAACCUGGACCGCAUACUAGAGUCCCACCUCAGGGGGGCAGAGAUCCUCUACAGCCUGGCGCUGUCCCACGCCCGCCACUCGGCCAUGGAGAGCCGCUACCCGGUGUGGAUCACGCUGCUGCUGGGCCUGACCGAGCAUAACGUCGCCCUCUUCCAGCACCACGACGCCAUCACGGGCACCGCCAAGGAGGCAGUCGUCAUCGAUUACGGCAACAGACUGUUGCGUGCUCUGGUGGGCCUGAAGAGAGUGAUCAUUAAUGCGGCCCACUUCCUGGUCAUGAAGAACAGAGACGUGUACCGCUUCUACCAGUCGGAGCCCUUCCUGGAAACGGAUGACCGACGAGCCACCCAGGACUCCCUCCCUCAACGCACUCUGAUUGAGCUGGACCCCAACGCCCCCAGGUAUCUGGUGGUGUUUAACCCAGUGGAGCAAGACCGGUUGUGUGUGGUGACUGCGCUGGUGAGUUCUCCAAACGUGCGUGUGCUGACCGAGGAUGGCCAGACCUUACCAGUGCAGCUCAGCGCCCAGUGGAGCUCCUCCUUGCAGGUCAACGCUGAGGUCUACCAGGUGUCCUUCAUGGCGCGGCUGCCUGCUCUGGGCCUGGCCGUGUACCACCUGUUUGAGACCACGGACUCUCCGAUGACCAUGCGCUCCGAGACGGUGAUGCGUCUGGCCCCGGGGUCCGGGGCCGUCAGGGGCCUGGACCCGCUGCCUCUCCGCAUGCAGGCGGCAGACGCCCAGCCCUUCUUCAUCCACAGCCAGGCCUUCACGCUCGGCUUCUCCGGCACCACCGGCCUGCUGGAGACGAUCCGGCGUAAGGAGGAGUCUCAGGAGAUGCGAAUGCAGUUCCAGUUUGUCACCUACGGCACGAGGCCAUCCAAGGACAAAAGCGGCGCGUACCUGUUCCUGCCCGACGGCAGAGCCAAGCCGUAUGCCCAGAGGGAUGCCCCGGUGGUGCGCGUGGUGGAGGGUCCGCUCUUCUCCGAGGUGGUCACCCACUACCAGCACUUCCAGCAGACGGUCUGCAUCCACAAUGUGCCCGGGGUGGACGGCCUCUCCCUAGACAUCAGCGUGCUGGUAGACAUCCGUGACCAGGCCAACAAGGAGCUGGCCAUGCGUGUGACCACGGACAUCCAGAGCGAGGACACCUUCUACACUGACCUCAACGGCUUCCAGAUCCAGCCACGGCGCUACUUCCACAAGCUCCCCCUGCAGGCCAACUUCUACCCCAUGCCCACCAUGGCCUAUAUACAGGACAGCCAGCACCGCCUGACCCUCCACACGGCCCAGGCCCUGGGUGUCACCAGUCUGGACAGUGGUCAGCUGGAGGUGAUCCUGGACCGCCGCCUGAUGCAGGAUGAUAACCGGGGGCUGGGCCAGGGCCUGAAGGACAACAAGAGGACCCUCAACCGCUUCCGCCUGCUGUUGGAGAGGCGUCCGGGCAGCAGCCGGCUUGCAUCCAAUGCUGGCCUGUUUGCCAGAGUCUCCUCCUAUUUCUCUGGCAUGUUCGGUGAUGAGGCUAAAGAGCAGGUCAUGGACAGCGAGCCCCUGAGCUUCCCGUCCAUCAUCAGUCACAUGACGUCAGCGUUCCUGAACCACGAGGUGCUGGCUCUGCCGGUGGUGCCCAAGCACGGCGUGCCCCCCCUGCGCACCUUCGCCCCCCUCGCCACCCCGAUGCCCUGUGACUUCCACCUGCUCAACCUACGCACCAUCCAGAGCCAGCAGGACCCUCAAAGCCCAUCCCCCCUCACCGCUCUGCUGCUGCACCGCAAAGCUCUGGACUGCAGGCUGGAGGCCCAGAACCCCGGCUUCAACUGCAGCACCACACAUGGACAGCUGACCAUGUCCAGUCUGUUCCGGGGUCUGGACCUGCAGCUGCUGCAGCCCACAUCUCUGUCCCUGCUCUACCCGGGGACGCCUCUGGCCAACGACUCCGCCAUCACCCUGGAGCCCAUGGAGAUCUCCACCUACAAGCUCAAGCUACGUUAGCCCACCACACAGCCAUGCACGUUUGGGGCGACCAG